GACUGGACGGGGAGGAGACUGCUGCUGCGGGGUGGUGCAAUGAGGGGCUGCGAGGUCCUCCUGCACUCACAGGACGCAUGAGAGCCGAGCAAAGCCGGAGCGAACCGAAGCAAAGUUGGUGUCCCAGUCAGUCUACCUCCGAGAGUGACCAUGAGAGUCCUCUUACUCAUCUGUAUGCCAGUUGUGCUGCUCGCCCAGGCUCAGUACCAGGAACAGUUUCCCUUUUUGGAUGACUAUGAUUCGGAAUAUUUUCCAGGAAAUCCAGAUUCUCCUCCCGAUACCUUCCAGCAGCAGGUUCGCCCCGAGACAGUGGUCCGUCCAGACACAUCCGGGUCCAAUUUGGAGACCGAGCCAACCGAGCCUGGCCCUCUUGAUUGCAGAGAGGAGCAGUAUCCCUGCACCCGACUCUACUCUGUUCACAAGCCAUGCAAGCAGUGCCUGAACAGCCUCUGCUUCUACAGUUUGCGACGGGUGUACGUCAUCAACAAGGAGAUUUGCGUGAGGACGGUGUGCGCACACGAAGAGCUGCUAAGAGCGGACCUGUGCCGCGAUCAGUUCUCUCGCUGCGGUGUGGCGGCGCUGAGUGGCCAGUGUGCAUCAAUAGGAGGGAGCUGCGGGAAGAGCUGCGGUGGCUGCUGAUUGAGGAGAGAGUUCAGGGACACUACCUGCCCAGACACUUCCGCCGGCAUCCUCCUGAUCUGUCCUCGUUCCCAAAAACAAUCUCCUCACCUGGCCUUUUGACUCCUCUUGUGCAACUUAUGUGUCUUAUCUAAAAAUAUCUUUUUCUUUUGUGUGUGUCUAUCCUGUAGAUCCAAUGUGUGCGGAUGACUUAUCUCCAAAAGAACAUUGAUGAUUGUAAAAAUCACUGGUGCUAUAAAAUCCUCCCACUGGUGCAACAAAAAACUGUUAGAGAGGCACAUAAAACUGCAGAACAUCUUUUUGUUGUUGUUUUAAGCAUAUUGUAUCGUAUUAAUCUCAUGCUUUGUGUUUGUUUAUUUGUUACUGUACUUGUGUUAAAGAGCAAUCAUUCUCAUGAUAAUCAAGGCAUCAAUGGCGGCCACUGAGCCCUGACACCAGCUAAUCAAUAUCAGCCAUAAUGGAACAUGAGAUGCGUCAAGAAACAGGUGGUGAGUGAUCUUUGUGUUUGUAUUACCCCACCUGGAUCUGUGCUUAGCAACCAAGCAGCAAGCUUAUACACACAUUAUAUAGAUGUAUAUCUAUAUAUAGAUGUAUAUCUAUAUAUAGAUACACACACACACACACUGUAGUACUCUGUACUGUAUAUAUGUAUUCCAGUGGCAGCAAGUGCUUUAAAAAGGCUUCUCACAGAUGGCCUCUGUACUACUGCUUUGUAAAACUGUCACUAUAAAGACUGAGAAAAAUAAAUAAAACUUUUUUUUUUUACUA